AUGGGAGCUGAGGAUAUAGCUAAUCUCAUUAAGGAAAUAAAUGAAGUUAAUAACAGAUAAUACAUAUAAUAGUUGAAUUGGCCAGAGAUAGAAAAGCACUUAAUUAAUAGAAUUGAUAGACAAGUAUCUAUUAAAAUAUCAUUCUUUUACAAUUGCAGUUUCUUGGGCCAAUAUUUUAGCGAUAAGUUCUUCUAGUGGGUUUAUGUUGAAUCAAUGAAAAUAUUAGAGUAAUAAAUUAACUAUGACUUUUAUCAAUCUAGAUGGAUAGCACUAAAUAUUACACUCUUAAGUAAAUUAUACAGCUCAAAUAAACUUACUCCAGAACAAAGUCAAUAGUUAAUUGAUUUCGCAAAGGAAUAUGCACUUCUUAUCCCUGAUAAAUAUCAAAAUAUAUCCAGAAGAGAAGUAACUUAAGGAAAUGAUUUCGCAACAAUUACCUUUCAUUUGAAGAAUUUAGGAAUAACUGAUAUGCCAGAAGUUUAUGUUUACCUCGAAAAUUAACUACUUAAUUUUUGUGAUAGUCUUAAUAAAGUAUCAUUGAUGCUACUAAUUUAAUCAUUUGGGAUCGGCUACAUUCAUUCCUAAACUUUAUUCUUCUGGGUCACAGAAAAACUAUAUGCAAAAUCAAAUAGUCUUAGUGAUCUUAAAUUACAUGAACUUGCUAUAUUUAUUUCAUGUCUCUCAAAGUUUUGGGUAUUUUAGGCUUCCUCAAAUUUCCUAGAUUCCAUCAAGGAAAGAGUUAGAGAAUUCAUUGAAGUUGAUUAAAGUAAUUAGAUAGAUUACUAUAUUUUCUAGCUACUAAAGAUUCAUAAUUCAAUUAUUUAGCUACCUGAGCUCAGUGAGGAGAAAGAAAAGUUAGAGUCCCUAUUACUCUAAAUUGUGGAUGAAUCUGUUGGAAUGAAUAGAAGAUGCUACUUAUUGUUUUCCUUAAUAAAUAACAACAAAUAUGAAGUUGCUCAGAAAUAUUUUGACAAAUAUAUAAAAAAUCAACUUGGAUUUGAUCCUGAAAGAGACAAGCAAAUGACAGAGUAAAUGAAGAAACUAGCAAUUUAUGACUUGAGAUUGAUUUAUUACUGCAUUUCCCAUUUCAAUGUGGUUCAUAAAAAUUACACUGAUCUAGAGUACAACACAGCACUACUUGGUGCAAUGAAAGAUUUAAAGCCCAAUUAACAGAUUAUUAAUAUUUCAGAUUUUUCAGCUCGUGCAUCUGAAAUCAUUAAGGCUUUUGUGAAAUAAUAUAAUCUCGAAAUGAUUGAAGAGUUAGAUGUUGGUCUCUAUUUUAUUGAUAUCUAUAUUCCAGAAAAAAAUAUAGCGGUUGAAGUAUAGGGUCUACAGCACUUUUGCUGGAGAUAAAAUAUUUAAAAUGCAAAAUCAAUGGCAAAAUAAAGAUACUUGAAAGCUUUGGGAUUUGAAGUAGUAUACAUUAAUGUACUAGAUAUGGCCUCAACUAGGGAUUAUAAUUUGCUAGACAGUAUGGUAUAAAAUGCUAUCAAGAAUCAUUUAGAAUCUCAAUGA